AUGUUUAAAAAUAAAUUAUUAGAAAUCGGAGCUUCUUUAACUAGAUCAGCUUCUGGAUAUACAAACAAAUUUGCAGGAGAUGGCACUACUACAACAAUCAUAUUAGCAAACUCUAUAUUAGAAGAAGGAUAAAAAUAUGUAAAUUUUGAUAUAAAUCCGAUAGAAAUGAAAAAAGGAAUGGAUAUUGGCAAAAAACAUAUUCUUGAAUAUUUAGAAGAAAUUUCAAUAAAAGUAAAUACUAAAGACUAGCUUAAUAAGGUUGCAAUGGUUUGCACAAACCAUGAUUAAAAAAUGUCUAAAUUAAUAAGCGAUGCUUUAAUAGAAGUAGGAUUAGAUGGUAUUAUAGAAAUUGAGCCUGGAAAUUAACUGGUUAAUGAACUUUCUUUUACUAAAGGUAUAACAUUAAGUAGAGGAUAUGCAUCUAGAGAAUUAAUAAUAAAUAAAUAAUCCAAUAGUGUAGAAUUAAAUUAUCCUCUUAUAUUAAUAGCAGAUUUAGAAAUUAAAUAAAUUCGGGAAAUAGUUCCUGCUUUAGAACUUGCUAAAAAAUUUAAUAAAUCAUUAUUAAUUUUUGCUAAAGAUAUAUCAAAUGAUGUUUUAUCUAGUAUAAUCUUUAAUUAACAAAAGAAAAUAAUUAAUUGUUGUGCAAUAACAGUACCUGGAAUGGGUAAUUACUCACGUGUUUUAUUAGAAGGUAUAGCCUUAUUAACAGGCGCGACCCUAUUCGAAAAUUUAAAUUACGAAUUAUUUUAAGAAAUACAAUAGAAAGACUUUGGGAAAUGCCAAGAAGUAUUAGUUUCUGAACUUGAGACUUUUUUUUAGGGCACAUAAGGACCUUAAGAUAAAAUAAACUAAAGAGUAGAAGAAUUAAGAAAAUCCAUAAAAAAUUCUGAUAAUGAAACUUCAUAGAAAAUCUUGAAAGAAAGACUGGCUAGAUUUACAGGAAAAAUGGCCAUAAUUUUAUGCGGGGGAAAUACUGAAUUGGAUAUUUACGAAAAUAGAGAUAGGUUAGUUGAUGGUUUAAAUGGUGUUAAAAAUGCUAUUAAAUAUGGAAUUGUAACAGGAGGAGGUACUUGUUUAUUAAAAGCAUCUUAAUUAUUAGAUUAUAUAGAAGUGGAAAAUUUCGAAUAAAAAUGUGGACUAAAUGCUCUCAAAACCGCACUACUUAAACCUACUUAGAUUUUAUUGGAUAAUGCGGGGUUUAAUGGGAAAUAUAUCGUUUAAAAAAUUCUGGAAAAGUAAUAGGAUGAUCCAUAUAUUGAUAUGAUUUGA